UAGGUGAGACCGGAAAUGGGUAUGACGCGCUAGCUGUGCAGACGGCGCUGUGUUUUUUUUAAUACGGUUAACUAGUAAAAACGACGAGAAUUAAUAUUAAUUGAACAUCGAUGCUGUGAGUUAAUCGAACUGGGUUAUUACGUGUACAAGUAUCUAGUUCUGUUAGCUCUGUUUUUUUAUUUUUAAUAGUCCUUUUAACGUUUUUUUAUCGUGAGAGAGUGUGUGUGUGAGUGAGCUAGCGCGAGGCCGGGUGUGCGCGAGCUUCCUCCUGUUGCUGGCAGGUUAGCUUGCUGGCUAAAUUCUGAGAAAAAUCUUUCAGGUAUAGAGGAGAAAAAUAAAAGAAAUAAAACACGAAAAAAAUGACCGAAUCGGACAAAUUAAACAUCGAUUCCAUCAUCCAGCGUCUUCUGGAAGUCAAAGGCUCCAGACCCGGUAAAAAUGUGCAGCUGACUGAGAAUGAAAUCCGUGGGCUGUGUCUCAAGUCCAGGGAGAUUUUCCUCAGCCAGCCCAUCCUUCUCGAGCUGGAAGCACCCCUGAAAAUUUGUGGUGAUGUUCAUGGUCAGUACUACGACCUGCUCAGGCUGUUCGAGUAUGGUGGAUACCCCCCGGAGAGCAACUACCUGUUUUUGGGGGACUAUGUGGAUCGAGGAAAGCAGUCUUUGGAGACGAUCUGCUUGCUGUUGGCCUACAAAAUUAAAUACCCAGAAAACUUUUUCCUGCUGAGAGGGAACCACGAGUGUGCCUCCAUCAACAGGAUAUAUGGCUUCUACGAUGAGUGUAAAAGACGCUACAACAUUAAAUUGUGGAAGACUUUCACAGACUGCUUCAACUGUCUACCUGUGGCAGCCAUCGUCGAUGAGAAGAUUUUCUGCUGCCAUGGAGGCCUGUCUCCAGACUUGCAGUCGAUGGAGCAGAUCCGGCGUGUGAUGAGACCCACGGAUGUCCCGGAUCAGGGGCUGCUGUGUGACCUGCUGUGGGCCGACCCCGACAAAGAUGUGACUGGCUGGGGCGAAAACGAUCGUGGCGUCUCUUUCACCUUCGGCGCUGAUAUUGUCGCGAAGUUCCUGAACAAACAUGACAUGGACCUCAUCUGCAGAGCACACCAGGUGGUGGAGGAUGGAUAUGAGUUUUUUGCAAAGCGGCAGCUGGUGACUCUCUUCUCAGCCCCAAACUAUUGUGGCGAGUUCGACAAUGCAGGUGCCAUGAUGAGCGUGGACGAGACACUCAUGUGCUCCUUCCAGAUCUUGAAGCCUGCUGACAAGAAGAUGUUGGCAUAUAGCGGUGCUGGAGCGUAUGGAUCCGGCCGACCCGUUACACCACCAAGAAAUGCUGCCAAGGGAGGCAAAGCCAAGAAAUAGCCCAAACCCGCACACAACACACACUCACGUGCACACACUGUCUCUUCCUCUCCUGCUUCUUUCAGUCUACCUCUCCUUUUAUUCCUUGUCUUUCGCAUUUUUCCCUCUUCUUGCUGUGAAUGUUGGUUUUAUUUUUUUUAUUUUAUUUUUUUUUAAUUUGACCAAUCAUGAGCGCAGUAGUAUUUUGUGUGUGUUGCGUUUGCGGGAUGUGUGUGUGUGUGGGGGGGGGGGGUUGGUAGUUUAAGAUCCCUUUAUCUUUACCUUCUAUCACUUUUCUUCAUCAUAGAUGUAUAGAAAUAAACACAAGUCCCUUUUGGGGAUUUUUUUUUUUUUAUUGGACCUAAGCAAUUUUCCCCUCUUGAGUCUCAGGGUCCGACACACCUUUAUCUCCUGAAGCAAUCGCUAUAAUUGUAUGUGCGUGUGUGUGUUUUAUCACUGCCACUCUUAAAUGUGAAGUGUGUAUGUUUCCUGUUUCAUCAGCAGACAGAUUGCUGAAGUUUAGGACAAGAUAUGUGUGUAUUUUUUUAUUCUUCGGCUUAAAACUUGCGUAGACGGGCCGGGCCAAAAUUGACCCAUUUGUACAAAAUAUCUUUGGCAUUCUUGCGUUUCUCUUCACGUAUACUUCCUUUACUGAUGUGAGCAAUCAGCUUUAAUGUCUCUUUCAGUAGGGAUCUUUUCAGCAUCAUACAUUAGAUUUGUACAGCGCGUUUACUUGAAUAAGAAAAUCUCUUCCUUGUUUUGUAGUUAUUCAUGAACUUGGACAAUAAAGUGAGAAUCUCUUACAAGAAAUAAUGGAUGAAUAUGUAUUUGGUUUUGUUUCACAGGAAUUGUAAAAUGAUGGUGUGCAAUUAAUCAGACAUGCAGUAUAUGAUGGUUGAUGAUUAUUUUUAUCUAAAGAAGUAAAAUACAUACAAUACUCAA